AUGGAAGACAAGCGCAGAUCCGAUGCUUAUCACCCCCGAACGUAUUCCGAAUCGCAGAACCCCGACCACGGCAUCCGAACAUUUGAUCCUACCGAGGGUGCACCUUAUUUCUCCACGCUUGGGGGCUGGAAACAACGUAUACGCCGAGAGGUUCCAUCGGCCGAUAUGCUGUUGAUUCACCAGACUGGGAGUGUUCGUGUUGGAGAGGUUGUUCGAUAUACUUUGACCUACACUCCUGCAGCCGAUCCGAUCCUACCCCUGCCUUCCGAGCUAUACGUCAGAAUCAAAAAUACCUCGGCGAUUCCUCUGCGUGCCGCAUACCUCCACGGUCCUUAUACCCUAUAUACAGCUUGUUAUCCGUCUACAUUUGAUCCAAAUACCAAGUAUGACCGGCAAGAUACCGAGGGUGUGCCCCAGUUUGAGCCCUACCUCAAAGCGGGCGGUAGCUGGGAUGCGACUAUCAAGAUGCCGGUGCGCUUUGGGGAUUCCCACAGUCUGGCGGCUGGGCAGACGGAGGAAGGCGACGAUCGCACUAUGACAUGGGUGAUUGAAAUCGUGUCCCAAGUGAUCUUCUCGACAACUGCCGCGGUUCACUUCGAACUGCUAGUGGCUCGAGAUGCCAACUCGAUCGAGUACUUUUCGUCGGGAGGAUCGAAUUCGGGCAGCCAUGGCCCUCCAGGAAAGCUACAGGACCACUGGGACAGACAUAACACACGGGGUCACUCGGCGACAGUCUCAAGGGGGGUAUACUCGAAAUCAACGACCUUACGGGUGGACGAUACCAGCAGCUUGUGGAACACACCUCCGCUGCCAUCCUGGGCGUCCGAGCGCGUGGAUGGCCCACCCGAGCGAGCGGAUCGUAUCUCGCAGGACGAGAUGCCCGAAUCAACUCAACUGGCCAAAGGCAAAGCUGGGAGAAAGAAGAAAAAGAUCCACUUGGUCGUUGUCACCCACGGGCUACAUAGCAACUUGGGUGCAGACAUGCUCUAUAUGAAAGAAAGCAUCGACGCCGCUGCUGCCAAGAAGAAACAAGCGAAACAGCAGGCAAGGCAAAAGGAUGGCAAGAGCGGCAAUGAAAAUCAUGAUGACGACGAUGACGAGGAAAUCAUCGUGCGUGGGUUCUCUGGCAAUGCCGCCCGUACGGAGCGAGGCAUCCAAUACCUUGGCAAACGUCUCGCCAAAUAUGUCCUCUUGAUGACAUAUCCCGACCAGCCAUUUUACCCCUUGAAGCUCAGUAGAAACGACUCCUUCACUCGAGCGUUCAGCUCUCGCAAAGAAAAGAGCCAAUCUCCGCAGUCCCAUCCACCCCUCGAGAGCCAUGAGGCGGACUCAGAGAGCGACGACCAUGCUUAUCAGAUCUCCAGCAUCAGUUUCAUUGCGCACUCUCUGGGUGGAUUGGUGCAAACAUAUGCCAUUGCCUACAUCCAGAAGCACUCGCCGGAGUUCUUCGACCGCAUUCAGCCUGUCAAUUUUAUUGCCCUGGCGUCUCCUUUCUUGGGCCUCAGCAACGAGAAUCCAUUAUACGUCCGCUUUGCGCUCGACCUCGGGCUUGUCGGGCGCACAGGACAAGAUCUUGGACUGACCUGGACGCCACCUAAAGUGCGCAGUGGAUGGGGUGCCAUCAUCGGCGGCCGAGGAGACUCGGGUCACGACCAGAAUCAAAAUGAUCCCGGCUCGAAACCAUUGUUGCGAAUCCUGCCUAGCGGCCCGGCACAUGCUGCUCUCAAGAAAUUCCACCAUCGAACAGUAUACUCCAAUGUCGUCAAUGAUGGAAUUGUUCCUUUGCGAACCUCAUGUCUUCUCUUCCUUGACUGGCGUGGUCUCGGUCGAGUCGAGAAAGCUCGACGAGGCAACGGUCUUGUUGGCACCAUGGCUGAAUGGGGCUGGGCCGAGUUAACGGGUGCCAACUCCAAGUCACCACGACUUACUAGGCCUGACGAUGUUCCUCGCAUGGGUGAGGGCCAAGAACCGACUAAGAAGACAUCUUCCGAGUCUGAAGAAAGAGGAGCGCUGCGAGACGAGGUCAUGUCAGAUUCGCAGGGCGAGCCAACAUCCCCCAGACCCGAACAGUUCCUGGCAAGGCGGAAAUCCUCCACAUUUGGCGACAAUGGCGACGUAGGAAGGGGAAUCGAAAGCAGCAAUAAUACUGGAAACAAUCACGGUCCCUUGGCUAGCCUUAUGGCCUUUUUCCGGCCAAAAGAGACCAAACCGCCCCAGCACCACCGCAAGCAUGCCAAGAUCUACAAACGCAGCCAGACACUGGUCAAUGUAGACUCCGAUGUCUCGCCGUCACCCACGGUUCGUGGCAACUCCUUCUACGAAGAUGAAAAUGCGGGCGUCAAUACCCCUCCCAAGACCACGUUCUUUGAAUCGGCCGGUGACUUGUUGAUGCCUCCCCUGCCCCCGGCUGAAUUUAUCUUGGAUCCCUCAGCCCGCCCCCGAACUAUCUUCCACGACCGGGUCUAUCACCCCGAGGAUAUUCCCAAACCCUUACCAGUGAAGCAUCGGACUUUUCCGUUUAGCUCCAACAGUUCCAAGCAUGAUUCAUCGCCUUCUUCCAAGACGACAGAUAUACCGUCAAGUCCUACGUCCAGCUCCAGCACAAAGAGCGAAGAAAGUGGGCUCAAGCUCGAAGAAAAGAUUGCCAGAGCGUACCACCGCGGUUUGACAUGGCGCAAGGUCCUGGUUCGCCUGGAACCCGACGCACACAACAAUAUCAUCGUACGUCGCAUGUUCACUAAUGCUUAUGGCUGGCCCGUCGUCAAGCAUCUCGUCGACACCCACUUUGGACCUUCGUCCCAAGCCGAGGUCGAUGAUACGUUGAAGAGCCACGACGAGCGGGCCAAGGCAUUGAACGUCGGACCAACCAGUUCGGGCGAGGAAGUGGAAGGUCAAUCAGAUGUCCCUUCCGAGGGUGAGGGCGAGCGGGAACAUGGAUCGAGCGAGUCCGAUGAUGACAAGGCUUCUCCUUCCAUGGACGAAGUGCUCCAAUUGCAAGGGCUCGCAGAUGCACUGCUCGAGGGAUCCGACUCUCGUGAAGCAGUCGGUCUCCAGUCCUCAGCACCUUCAAGUCCUACGAGUAGCUCGCAGAAACCACUCGCGCGCUAG